GAGCCGGCUCAUCUGUUCAACGACCAGCCGAGUUCGCAGCAGCACUCUCCUCAGUGGAGUCCCUCUUGGUCAUCGUCUCGUCGUUAUCCCAUCCCAUCCCCUCCCCGGGGAUUGGCGGCGUGGGGGAGCAUCUAUCGGUCUUCUGGAGAUUGCCUGGUGCUGCGUUUUUUCUGAUCUAAGCCCGGCAUGAAGAGCUCAGAGCGUUUGCUGCUGCUGCUGCUGGUGGUGCUGGUGGUGGCAUCAUCGUCGUUACUGUCCGCCGUGAUUGCCGAGCAGCAGACUUGCCCUGCUGACCUCGACAGCAAAUGCGAUGGUGGCGCGUCUGAUGAUUGGGAGGGGGAGUUCUUCCCCGGCGUCCCGAAAAUCAAGUAUGAGGGUCCAACCAGCAAGAACCCUCUUGCUUAUAAGUGGUAUAAUAAGGAGGAAGUGAUUCUCGGGAAGAAGAUGAAGGAUUGGAUGCGCUUCAGUGUUGCGUUCUGGCACACAUUCCGUGGUACUGGCGCCGAUCCUUUUGGUGCCCCUACAAAGGCUUGGCCUUGGGAGGAUGGCACAAAUUCGUUGGCCAUGGCUAAGAGAAGAAUGAGAGCUCACUUUGAGUUCAUGGAGAAGCUGGGAGUUGACAAAUGGUGCUUCCAUGAUAGGGAUAUUGCCCCUGAUGGGAAAACUCUUGAAGAAACAAAUGCUAACUUGGAUGAGAUAGUUAAGCUAGCAAAGCAGCUCCAGGGUGAGACCAACAUAAAGCCAUUGUGGGGUACGGCACAGCUCUUUAUGCAUCCACGUUACAUGCAUGGAGCUGCUACUAGCCCAGAGGUUAAAGUAUAUGCUUAUGCGGCUGCACAAGUUAAGAAAGCUUUGGAGGUCACUCACUACCUAGGUGGUGAAAACUAUGUGUUUUGGGGUGGAAGAGAGGGUUACCAAACUCUUCUGAAUACUGAUAUGAAGAGAGAACUUGACCAUCUGGCUAACUUUCUUCAAGCUGCUGUUGACCACAAGAAGAAGAUCGGAUUCAAGGGAACACUGUUGAUAGAGCCUAAACCACAGGAACCUACAAAACACCAGUAUGACUGGGAUGUUGCAACUACGUUUGCUUUUCUACAGAAGUAUGGUCUUACAGGAGAGUUCAAGAUCAAUGUUGAGUGCAACCAUGCUACUCUAUCUGGACAUAGCUGCCAUCAUGAACUGGAGACUGCACGGAUUAAUGGGUUGCUUGGAAAUAUUGAUGCAAACACUGGUGAUCCUCAAGUUGGUUGGGACACAGAUCAGUUCAUGACAGACAUUGCAGAGGCUACCUUAGUUAUGUCGAGUGUAGUUAAGAAUGGUGGACUUGCACCUGGUGGUUUCAACUUUGAUGCAAAAUUGCGGAGGGAAAGUACUGAUGUUGAGGACAUGUUUCUUGCUCAUAUCUCUGGAAUGGACACCCUGGCUCGUGGCCUCCGCAACGUUGCCAAGCUGAUUGAGGAUGGUUCCCUAGAUGAUCUUGUCCGAAAGAGGUACCAGAGCUUUGACAGUGAGAUUGGCGCCUUGAUUGAGGCUGGGAAAGGAGACUUUGAGACGCUAGAAAAGAAGGUUCUAGAGUGGGGUGAGCCCACCGUUCCAUCCGGCAAGCAGGAACUGGCGGAGAUUCUGUUCCAGUCUGCUCUAUAGAUGGUGCCAUGUCCAUAGCUCCAGGAAUAAGCACAAGUGUGUGCCCUCCGAACACGCAGUCGUCCUCACCACAGGAAGUUCUAGUUCCACGCGAUGAACUAUGUACAAUACAGCGUGGAACUGAAAUAAUUUAGGUUGUAGCCUGUCAGAAUUUCCAGAAUUGUUGCCUCCUUUGUUCGGAGCGGAAUCAAACUGAACUUGGUUAAGCUUAUCCUGCAUUCCAUCUUUGAUGUGGUGAUCGUGUUUGGUAGUCAAGGUUUCCUUGAUGCUGUUUCAUAAUGUGGCAUCGAUGCUGCUGUUCUGUAGUACAGCAGAAAACUGCUACAGAGCCCCUUUGCUCCCUGUUUGGAACAAAUUAGUUUGGCCACGCUUCAAUUUGAAGCUA